UUCUCCUCCACCCAGCAAAUCCUCACCCUUUCUGGACUCGCCUGAGACGUUCCGGCCAGUCAUCCCCACAGCUUUUUACAUAGCAGGGGUCAAGCUACAGGAGGCAGGAUGCUCUGGCGGCUGGUGCUGGUGGCUCUGUGGGCGUGGCCCAGUGCUCAAGCCGCCGGCCAGGACGAGGACGCCGCCUUCGACCUGCUCAGCCUCAGCAACAUCAACCGCAAGACCAUCGGCGCCAAGCAGUUCCGCGGCCCCGACCCCGGCACGCCCGCCUACCGCUUCGUGCGCUUCGACCAGCUGCCGCCCGUGGGCGCCGACGCGCUGCGCAGGAUCGCGGCGCUGUCGCGGCGGCGCGACGGCUUCUUCCUCUCGGCGCAGCUCCGGCAGGACCGCAAGACGCGCGGCACGCUGCUGGCGCUGCUCGGCCCCGGCGAGGCGCAGCGGCAGUUCGAGAUCGUCUCCAACGGCCCGGCCGACACCCUGGACCUCACCUACUGGGCCGACGGCGCGCGGCACGUGCUGUCCCUGGAGGACGUGGGCCUGGCCGACUCCCGCUGGAAGAACGUCACGGUGCAGGUGGCCGGCGAGACCUACAGCCUGUAUGUGGGCUGCGACCUCGUCGACAGCUUCGCCCUGGACGAGCCCUUCUACGAGCACCUGCAGCCCGAGCGCAGCCGGAUGUACGUGGCCAAGGGCGCUGCCCGCGACAGCCACUUCCGGGGUUUGCUUCAGAAUGUCCACUUAGUCUUCGAGAAUUCUGUGGAAGACGUUCUGAGCAAGAAAGGUUGUCAGCAGGGCCAGGGAGCGGAGCUCAACGCCAUCAGCGAGAACACGGAGACGCUGCACCUGAGCCCCCACGUCCCGACCGAGUACGCGGGUGCGGGCGCGGGGCAGAGGCCACUCGUGUGCGAGCACUCCUGCGAGGAGCUGGGCAGCAUGAUCAGCGAGCUCUCCGGACUCCACGUCAUCGUGAACCAGCUCCACGAGAACCUGAAGAGAGUGUCGAACGAUAACCAGUUUCUCUGGGAGCUCGUCGGUGGCCCUCCUAAGACCAGGAACGUGUCCGCUUGCUGGCAGGACGGCCGCUUCUUCGCGGAAAACGAAACCUGGGUGGUGGACAGCUGUACCACGUGCACCUGCAAGAAAUUUAAAACCAUCUGCCACCAAAUCGCUUGUCCCCCAGCGACCUGCGCCAACCCCUCCUUCGUGGAGGGCGAAUGCUGUCCGUCCUGCUUCCACGCGCUGGACAGUGAGGAGGGCUGGUCUCCGUGGGCAGAGUGGACCGAGUGUUCCGUCACGUGCGGCUCCGGGACCCAGCAGAGAGGCCGGUCCUGCGAUGUCACCAGCAACACCUGCCUGGGACCCUCCAUCCAGACGCGGGCUUGCAGCCUGGGCAAGUGCGACACCCGCAUCCGGCAGGACGGCGGCUGGAGCCACUGGUCGCCUUGGUCUUCGUGCUCCGUGACCUGUGGGGUCGGCAACAUCACGCGCAUCCGUCUCUGCAACUCCCCCGUCCCCCAGAUGGGGGGCAAGAGCUGCAAAGGGAGUGGCCGGGAGACCAAAGCCUGCCAGGGCGUGCCGUGCCCGAUCGACGGCCGCUGGAGCCCCUGGUCCCCGUGGUCGGCCUGCACCGUCAGCUGCGCCGGAGGGAUCCGGGAGCGCGCGCGGGCCUGCAACAGCCCCGCACCCCAGCACGGCGGCAAGGCCUGCGUGGGCGACGUGACCGAGCGCCAGAUGUGCAACAGGCGGAGCUGCCCCGUAGACGGGUGUCUGUCCAACCCCUGCUUCCCCGGAGCCGAGUGCAGCAGCUUCCCCGACGGGUCCUGGUCCUGCGGCUCCUGCCCGGUGGGCUUCCUGGGCAACGGCACCCACUGCGAGGACCUGGACGAGUGCGCCCUGGUGCCCGACGUCUGCUUCUCCACCGGCAAGGCGCCCCGCUGCGUCAACACCCAGCCCGGCUUCCACUGCCUGCCCUGCCCGCCGCGCUACCGGGGCAGCCAGCCCGUGGGGGUCGGCCUGGAGGCGGCCAGGACAGAGAAGCAGGUGUGUGAGCCCGAGAACCCGUGCAAGGACAAGACGCACAGCUGCCACAAGCACGCAGAGUGCAUCUACCUGGGCCACUUCAGCGACCCCAUGUACAAGUGCGAGUGCCAGACGGGCUACGCGGGCGACGGGCUCAUCUGCGGGGAGGACUCGGACCUGGACGGCUGGCCCAACCUCAACCUGGUCUGCGCCACCAACGCCACCUACCACUGCGUCAAGGACAACUGCCCCCACCUGCCAAAUUCGGGGCAGGAAGAUUUCGACAAGGACGGAAUUGGCGACGCUUGUGACGACGACGAUGACAACGACGGCGUGAGUGACGAGAAGGACAACUGCCAGCUGCUCUUCAACCCCCGCCAGUUCGACUACGACAAGGACGAGGUCGGCGACCGCUGCGACAACUGCCCCUACGUGCACAACCCCGCGCAGAUCGACACCGACAGCAACGGCGAGGGCGACGCCUGCUCCGUGGACAUCGACGGCGACGACGUCUUCAACGAGCGGGACAACUGCCCCUACGUCUACAACACGGAUCAGAGGGACACGGACGGCGACGGCGUGGGGGACCACUGUGACAACUGCCCCCUGGUGCACAACCCCGACCAGACCGACGUGGACAACGACCUCGUGGGCGACCAGUGUGACAACAACGAGGACAUCGACGAUGACGGCCACCAGAACAACCAGGACAACUGCCCCUACAUCUCCAACGCCAACCAGGCCGACCACGACGGGGACGGCAAGGGCGACGCCUGCGACUCGGACGACGACAACGACGGUGUCCCCGACGACAGGGACAACUGCCGGCUCGUCUUCAACCCGGACCAGGAGGACUUGGACGGUGACGGGAGGGGUGAUAUUUGCAAAGACGACUUUGACAAUGACAACGUCCCGGACAUUGACGACGUGUGCCCUGAGAACAGUGCCAUCAGCGAGACGGACUUCAGGAACUUCCAGAUGGUUCCCCUGGACCCCAAGGGGACCACCCAGAUCGAUCCCAACUGGGUCAUUCGUCACCAAGGCAAGGAGCUGGUGCAGACGGCCAACUCGGACCCCGGCAUCGCUGUGGGCUUCGACGAGUUUGGGUCUGUGGACUUCAGCGGCACCUUCUACGUCAACACGGACCGUGACGACGACUACGCGGGCUUCGUCUUUGGCUACCAGUCCAGCAGCCGCUUCUACGUGCUGAUGUGGAAGCAGGUCACGCAGACCUACUGGGAGGACCAGCCCACACGGGCGUACGGCUACUCCGGCGUGUCCCUCAAGGUGGUGAACUCCACCACGGGCACCGGCGAGCACCUGAGGAACGCGCUGUGGCACACGGGGAACACGGAGGGGCAGGUGCGGACCCUGUGGCAUGACCCCAAGAACAUUGGCUGGAAGGACUACACGGCCUACCGGUGGCACCUGACCCACAGGCCCAAGACGGGUUACAUCAGGGUCUUGGUGCAUGAAGGGAAGCAGGUCAUGGCAGACUCAGGGCCGGUCUAUGACCAGACCUAUGCUGGCGGGCGGCUGGGUCUGUUUGUCUUCUCCCAGGAAAUGGUCUACUUCUCGGACCUCAAGUACGAGUGCAGAGACAUCUGAACAAGACUUGCUGCAUUUCAGUAACGCCCUACACGUGCUGUGGGCCCUGGACCCCGCAGUUCGCCGUGGUCCUUGCCGCUUCCCUCUCGUUAGCAGCCCCUCCUGUCCCUGCCUUAGCUCUGUUGGUUCUGUGCUCCUGCCGUCAACCCAAGCCCAGGUGCCUGCAGAGGACACACACCGACGGACCCGGAGAUGGACAUCUCAGCCCCCACGGGAACCCACUCUGAUACAUGAGACUGUGUGGAGUGAAAGCCGGCGUGCCAUUGCAUUGCUUUUCCUUGUUUGUUUAAAAAGAAUGACGUUUACAUACAAAAUGUAAUUACUUACUGUAUUUAUGUGUAUAUGGGGUUGGAGGGAAUAUUGUGCAUAAGCCAUGGUCAUAAAUUAAGCAUGAAAAAUAUUGCUAAGCCGCUUUCAGUGCUUAAAGUUGUCACUGUUCUUGGAUUAGGGCUGUUCUACGGUAACACACAGAUCCUGUCGGAUCAAUCACAAAGACGCGCCAACUCGAAUGUGAAGGAACGGCGUGCUGAGGAAGAGGUUAGAGAGAACAGUCUUGUGCGACGUGGCCCGAUACCAAAUGAUGUAAGAUACCAAGUAACCAGUUAGAACCUAGGAAACAAUUGCCAAUUAACCCAGUGCCGCUCCCCCGCCCUCCCGUCCCGCAGGGAGAGCCCUCACGUGCAGCGGAGAGGCAGCUCUGUGACAGAACGGACACCCUUGCAGAAUCGGGGUCACGUGGCUCCAUAUGGACGUGGCGAAACUUCAUUUCAGUCGCAGUUUAGCAGAGCAAAGUGCUCGCUUAGUUUCACGGCUUGGCUUUGCCGUGCAAGGUGGCUGCUUGUGCAGCCGCGGCCCUGAGAGGGUGCCCGGCCGGUCGACAUUUGGUUUCUCGGUCAGAUCUCUGUGGCGUCGAGAGACUUCCUGGCCCGUUGUCACCCGGCGUAGCGUUCUGAUCUCUGGGACUUUGAAGAGUGUCCUUCCCCAUGUCUGCUACUAGACGGCAGACCAGCAGGCAGCCCAACCAGAAAGAGCACUUUGGCAUCUAACUCCUAUUCUAGGCUUCGGAAAUUAUGGAAAAGUUGCUUUUGCCUACUUUGGUGACACAUUUCAUUAAGGUUCCAGUUAUAAAUGUUUUGUUAAUAUUUAUUAAGUGAAUAUAGAAUGCAUCUUCAUUCACCAAUAACUUAUUUUCAAUAUGCUGAGUAACACAUAAGUAGUAUAAUUCUAGAAAUAAACAUACACCAAGUGCAUCACAAUAUAAAGAUACAGUUACAGCAAACAUUCUGCCUAUCAAACUAUCAGGCUUUAUAACCUUACAUUGUCAUGUAAAGCAUGCUGUAAAAUGCAAUGGCAUAAGUAAAUGCCAUUUAUAGCGAAGACUUGAUAAUGGAACCUUAAUGUAUAAUGCUGCCAGUGAUUUUGAUUCAAUAUAUUUACUGUUAUCCAUCUGCUGUAUAUAGAAUGAUUUUUAUUUAAACGCUGAGGAAAAUCAGCAUUUAGUCUUGCCAGACAUACCCAGUAAUCAGUAACACAGCAAUAUACACAGUUUGAUUUAGUCUUUGCUUUAAGUUGCAUGAUCUUUCUGCAGGAAAAAGCAGUUCAGCCCACGCUGCAUAAGGGGUUUCAGGAGGGGAGUUUGUCUGAUGGGGACAAACGUUUCUCCCCUUCCUGUUAAUAGUGAUCACAUUUCUCUGUCAAAUAGGAAGGAUACAUAACUUUUGUCUUAAUU